UUUACAUCAUUAGGUCACAAAUCGCAAUUCGCAUGCGCAGUUUUCCAGUUUUCGCGCCAAAAUAAAACCCACAGAAAAUCAAAAAAUGAGCGUAAAACAAUUAUUAAAAUAAAUCAUAAACGAGUAUCUUACAGUCUACUUUACCUUUAUUUAUUUUGUGAAAAAUGACGGAUUCUGAAGAUAGCAUGAACGAGCCCGAUCGCAAAUUCAAUAAAUUAUUAGAAAAAACGUUAUCGGACCCUUACGUCAAAAAAGUAGAUCGGGAGGAAGAAGAAGAAAAAUUGUCUAAAAUGCUGCGUAAAAAAGUAAAAAAAGAAAAAGCAAUAAGGAAAGUUUGGAAUCGAUCGCCAAUUUUCAAAGGCAUUCAUAAGAGAAUCCAGGAAGGUCAAGAAAUAAAAAAUAUUGCUCUUCUUCCGGAGUUCUUAAAACCAUCCAUAUCCAUAUCGAAAAUAAUAUCCUUCGGGCCUCAUCUUAUCAAAAGAAAAGAGAAAAGGAAAAAUUCUCAAGAUCAAAGCGUGUGGAUUUACAAAAGCGAAUCUAGACGACAAUGUGUGAUUGCAGACAAAUUGCGAAGUAGAAAAAUAUAUGAAUCCAGGCAAACAUUUUCGAAAGAACGUGAUAAACUUUUUUGGCACCCCAGCUGGAAUAUUUCAGCAGAAACGAUAUGCGGUGCGGAUUUGCAGAAGAGCAGAUCUGACGUAAAUUCAUUCGUGUCUACCCGUAAGAGAAAAGUUCCGAGGUCAGAAAUUGUUAAAAAAAAAUCUCACAAAAAAGUCGCUAAUCAAGAUUUGUUAGAAACUUUUCGAACAAAUAUGGAUGUGACUCCUCCCAUCGAAAGUUUUCUUUUCCAUCAAGAAUCUUAUUCUUCUAUCAAAGAAACCACAAAUCCAGAAAUUAAUUCUUUAGCUGAAAUGUCCUCUACGCAGAGCAAACCAGGACCUAGAAUUUUGUCAAAUAAGCCAGCUCGUCCCUCGUUGACUAAAGAGAUAUUAAAACGUGUCCGAAAUCAGAGAGCACUAAAUCUUUUAGAGAGCUCGAAAUAUGAUGAUAAACCAAAUCGGAAAUCUCAGUUGACUGAAUAUUCUAAAUCAAAUUCCACAGAUUCCAUUUCCGAAAUAAAUACCAGUGACGAAUUUCUAAAUCUUGUAGCCGAAACCAAUUUUGUGACACAAAGACGAAAGUAUCAUUCUUUUAAAGAUUCAAAUAUGGAUGCGACUCCUCCUUCUUUGGCAAGUAUGGAUGUGAGUCUUUUGAAGAGCUCUAAAGAUUAUAAUGAACAAAAUCGCGAAUCUCGAAGAACUGAAUAUUCGAAAUCAAAUUCUACAGAUUCCAUUUCCGAGAUACGAACCAGUGAAGAAUUUCUAAGUCUUGCAAAUGAAACUAAUUUUGUCACACAAAGACGAAAGUUUCAACCCUUAAAAAGUUCGACUCUUAUUUCACCGACAGAGAUUGCUUUGGAAAAUUUUUCCUCGCGGAAGAGAGUUUUUAGCUGCGAAUUAGAAUCAUCAGACAAAUCGAAAAAUGCUUCUCACAUUUUAUCAGAAGAGGUUAACAUUGAUGGAAAAUCGAGCAGAAAAAAAUUUGAUUCUUUAAAAAAUGAAUCUAGUUUUGAGGGAAAUAAAAGUAUGUUGGAUCUUACGAAUUUUGAGAAUAUCAAAGCUGGCUCACCGAUUUUGUCAAGAGGAAAAAAUGUGCGUAAACGAAAGCAGAAUCAAUUUUUAGAGGAGAAUAAAUUUGUGAAUAUUUCAACGAAGAUUGGAAAACCUUUAAAAAUACGAAAAAUGUCACUGCAAGAAAAUGCAGAAGGGAAUAAACAAGUGGAAAUCAGCGAGAACUUAAUUGUUGAACUUGAUACGACUUUAAAAAAGUUUACGGGGAUUUUUGACCGGAGUAUUUUAAAAAAAGCUCUGGAAUCUUAUAUUCAGAAGGAAUUUGAUCAUUCUUGAUUUUUUUUAUUUUUCACAUGAUUUAGUUAGCUUUUGCAUUGAAUUUAUUUAUUAUUAUUUGAUUGUGGUUUUGUUUAAAAUAGAGUUUAUUUCCCGAUUUAUGGAAUGGGAUGUAUUAUUAAUUGCUAAUAAAUGUUUAUAUUUUCAUA